UGGCUUCGAGCGAAGCGGAAGCCCCGGCAAGGCCCCCCAAAGGAUAUCUGCUACGAUGCUUUUGUCUCCUACAGCGAGAAUGACUCUGAGUGGGUGGAGAACAUCAUGGUGCAGGAGCUGGAGCAGGCCUGCCCGCCCUUUCGCCUGUGCCUCCAUAAGCGGGACUUUGUGCCCGGCAAGUGGAUUGUGGAUAACAUCAUUGACUCCAUAGAGAAAAGCCACAAGACGCUGUUUGUGCUGUCGGAGCACUUUGUGCGGAGCGAGUGGUGCAAAUACGAGCUGGACUUCUCGCACUUCCGCCUCUUUGAUGAAAACAACGAUGCCGCCAUUCUGAUCCUCCUGGAGCCCAUCCAGGGCAAAGACAUUCCCAAGAGGUUCUGCAAACUGCGGAAGAUAAUGAACACAAAAACUUACCUGGAG